AUGUCCGAAACCAAGGAAUUCGACAAACAAAUCGAAUACUUGGAAGCUGGCCAAAGACAUGAUCUAGCUGUACAUUUGUAUCUGGCGUUUCUACUACAUCAGAUCAAUCCACUCUUUCCUCACAAAAACUGGUCAUCGUGGCCGCAAAAAACGGUCGCAGAUCCUACCAUCAUCAAUGACUACGAGGACAACAUGAUAGAUUCGGAACACCAAUUUGACGAUGGGCCACCACUGCAAGAACAGGACGAAGAGUCCGAGAAACAGGAGAUAUCCCAUAAUGCUUCUGACAUGGACACUGGAGACGACUCCGACCACAAAACGGUGUUUUUCCGGCCCGGGCUAGGCGCAAUCAAACUACGGAAUCUACCCAGAAGAAGAGUGAAUCCAAAAGUGACAUUGGUCAACGAAAUGCAUGCGCUUUUACUAAGACGCAUAUCGAGAAAGUUGAGGGCUGAGGGUCGCGGAUGUUCCCCUAUAGAUGAAGACUCGCCAGUUCUCAAGAAUAUGGCUUUACAAAUGGCCAACAGAAUGGGUCAUGUGUUUGAUCUAUUGAAUCGACAGCGGCGCAUGAACAAAUUGGCCAAAGAUGAGAAGCAUUUUAUUCCAGCUGACGUGUAUCGUCAAUACUUCAAACAAAACUGGCAAGAUGUGGUCACAGCUGAUCUAAAAAGCAACAACAGAAAUCAAGUAGCCAAUCUCCGCCGGUUGCGCCAAGUCUACACGAGAUGCCGAGGCUAUUUUAAAGAUGUGGCAUAUGAUUAUGAGUAUGAUGAAGAUGACUAUGACGAUGGAGAGGCGCCUCUUUUCGAUGUAGAGAAUCACCUCCGGGCUAUAGAAGACGACUCGGAUUCACCGGCGGUACCCGCUCCUUUGUCAAGACUUUUGCAGGAGAGAAAGAAAAUUGAAGAACACAAGGAACAGGUCUUCAUUAAGCUGUGGGAUCUGGCGGGUUUGGCGUGCAGCGUAUCAUACAGACAAGAUGACCAUCCCGGAGUCAACCCCAAGGAAAUCAUAGAAAUCAAGAGCGAAGACGGUACGAGCCGUGUUGUACGUGACUUGGAACGGGAAAAGGACAAACUAUUGGAAGUUACAGGACUCUGGGAACAGUAUUCUCAAUGA